AUGGCUUCUAUUCAGGGCGUCCCAAAUGCGGUGGCCACGCCCAAUCUCAGCCUACCUCCCAACCUCACGCAACAACAUGUGCAGGAGGUCUAUCAUAAAUUUCGCCAGAUGCAAGAGCAAGGCGUGCGCCAGGACGAUCCAGAAUACAUCAAAGCCCAUAAUCUCCUGGCUCUCGUCCAAAGGCAGCAAGCCUAUCAGAAGCAACGCCAAUUUGCACAUCAGCAGCAGCAGCAACUCCAGACCCAACGACUGCAACAUGCGCAGCAACAGCAACAGCAACAGCAACAGCAACAGCAACAGCAACAGCAACAGCAACAGCAACAGCAACAGCAACAGCAACAGCAACAACAACAACAGCAGCAGCAGCAGCAUCAGCACAACCAGCAACAGCAACGAUCACAACAUCAGCAGCAACCGCAACCGCAACCGCAACCACAACCGCAUCAACAACAGCAACAGCAGUCGCAACAACCCAAUGGCAUCCCCAACGAUAACCUACCCAAUGGUGUUGAUGGUCGAAUUGGACCAAUGAGCUCCAUGUCUGGCGGCUCCAGUCAGGACCCCGCGGCUGCCAUCUCCGCUGGACAACAGUCCAACCCGGUAACUCAGCAGCAAAGCAAUGCUGCCCCAUCGAAGGGUGUAUCUUCAACUGGCGGCACCUUCUCGCCGGAACAGUUGACCACGCUGAGAAAUCAGAUCCUUGCUUUCAAGAUGCUCUCCAAGAACCUUGCUAUACCACCGCGCGUUAAGCAACAACUUUUUGCUAAAAAGUUCUCGCCUGCAACCACUGAUGGUAUUGCGAUGUCAGACAACGUUGAUAACGUUGAACAAGUUCGGGAAAGCCAACCUACUCCAUCUGACGAAAAGGCAACUGAACCGAAGACGAUGUACGAAACGUUUGAAUCUCCAUACAAUGCCCUUGCUGAGACCAUCAACUACGCUGAUCAUGCCUUCAGAAGGAAUAGACGUAGAAUUCCCAGCCUCAUGCCAAUGGGUAUUGAUAUUGAAAAGGCCAAGGAGGAUCAAGAAACUGCUUUGUACAAUCUAAUAACAGCCCGAAAGGCGGAGUUAGGAAAAUUGCCUGCAAACUUGGGAGUCUGGAAUACAGAUGAGAGUGAUACCCCGACUGGAGACGAUUCCAUCAAGCUCAAGGCCUUGAUUGAGUACAAGAUGUUGAACCUGUUGCCGAAACAGAGACUCUUCCGCAAGCAGAUCCAAACAGAGAUGUUUCACUUCGACAAUCUGGCAAUGACAGCGAACCGGGCUGGUCAUCGUCGCAUGAAGAAACAAUCUCUUCGUGAAGCCAGAGUCACUGAGAAACUUGAGAAGCAGCAACGAGACGCGCGAGAAUCGAGGGAGAAGAGGGAGCAAUCUGAACAGCUACAAGCAAUUCUCAGUCAUGGUCGCGAAGUCCAACUUGCAGCAAACCAGCAACGCAUACGGAUUCAGAAACUAGGACGCCUCAUGAUGAAACAUCACCAGGACAUGGAACGUGAUGAACAGAAGCGUGUAGAAAGAACUGCUAAACAACGUCUGCAGGCUUUGAAGGCGAACGAUGAAGAGACAUAUAUGAAACUGCUUGGCCAGGCCAAGGAUUCACGUAUUUCUCACUUGCUUAAACAGACUGAUGGCUUCCUCCGACAACUCGCUGCUUCCGUCAAAGAACAACAGAAAAGCACUGCUGAAAGAUACGGUGAAGAAAAUCGGUUCGAUGAUGACGAGUCAGAGAUUGAAGAUGACGAUGAUGAGCUGGAGGAGAGUGGUAGGAAAGUUGACUACUAUGCUGUUGCCCAUCGUCUGAAAGAAGAGAUUACGGAGCAACCCAGCAUCCUUGUUGGCGGCACUUUGAAAGAAUACCAGAUCAAGGGCCUCCAGUGGAUGAUCUCACUCUAUAACAACAACCUGAACGGUAUAUUGGCAGACGAGAUGGGUCUUGGUAAAACCAUCCAAACCAUAAGUUUAAUCACUUACCUGAUCGAGAAGAAAAAACAAAACGGUCCGUUUUUGGUUAUUGUUCCACUCAGCACCCUUACCAAUUGGAAUCUUGAGUUCGAAAAGUGGGCACCCUCUGUGAGUCGUAUCGUGUACAAGGGUCCUCCAACUACGCGGAAACAGCAGCAGCAGGCGAUUCGAUGGGGUAAUUUCCAGGUUUUGUUGACGACCUAUGAAUAUAUUAUUAAAGACCGACCAGUCCUAAGCAAGGUUAAGUGGAUUCACAUGAUUGUUGAUGAAGGUCACCGCAUGAAGAAUGCCGGGUCGAAAUUAAGUAGUACUUUAACUCAAUAUUACACGACCCGCUAUCGCCUAAUUUUGACUGGCACUCCUCUGCAAAACAACCUUCCCGAACUGUGGAACCUUCUAAACUUCGUCCUCCCGAACAUCUUCAAGUCCGUCAAGUCCUUCGAUGAAUGGUUCAACACGCCAUUUGCCAAUACAGGAGGACAAGACCGUAUGGACCUGACAGAAGAAGAACAGUUGCUCGUUAUUCGACGACUGCACAAGGUUCUUCGUCCGUUCCUGUUGAGACGUUUGAAGAAGGACGUGGAGAAGGACCUCCCGGAAAAACAGGAACGAGUGAUUAAAUGCCGAUUCUCUGCGUUGCAAGCCAAGCUCUAUAAGCAGCUCGUCACGCACAACAAACUGGUGGUUAGUGAUGGUAAAGGUGGCAAAACUGGUAUGCGUGGAUUGAGCAACAUGCUCAUGCAGCUCCGGAAACUUUGCAACCACCCCUUCGUAUUUGAAUCUGUAGAGGACGAAAUGAAUCCAGGAAGGGCUACAAAUGACCUGAUCUGGCGGACGGCUGGUAAAUUCGAGCUACUGGAUCGGAUCCUGCCUAAGUUCAAGGCAUCGGGCCACCGCGUAUUGAUGUUCUUCCAGAUGACACAGAUUAUGAAUAUCAUGGAGGAUUUCUUGCGGCUUCGUGGCAUGAAAUAUCUUCGUCUGGAUGGCUCCACUAAGUCUGAUGACCGAUCAGAUCUAUUGAAGGAGUUCAAUGCCCCCGGUUCGGAAUAUUUCUGUUUCCUCCUAUCUACUCGUGCGGGUGGUCUCGGUUUGAAUCUUCAGACUGCAGAUACGGUUAUCAUCUACGACUCCGAUUGGAACCCUCAUCAGGACUUACAGGCGCAGGAUCGAGCUCAUCGUAUUGGUCAAAAGAACGAGGUCCGAAUUCUACGACUAAUCACUUCCAACUCUGUUGAAGAGAGGAUUCUGGAACGGGCGCAGUUCAAAUUGGACAUGGAUGGGAAAGUUAUCCAGGCUGGAAAGUUUGACAACAAGUCUACGAAUGAGGAGCGUGAUGCCUUGCUACGUACCCUUUUGGAGAGUGCUGAAAGUGCUGAGCAAAUUGGUGGCGAUCAGGAUGAAAUGGAUGACGAUGACCUUAACGACAUUAUGGCCCGGUCUGAGGAAGAGAUACUUUUAUUCCAGAAGAUAGAUCAAGAACGUAACAAGAACGACCCUUAUGGCCCUGGGCGGAAAUACGCCCGCCUCAUGGUUGAUGAGGAAUUACCUGAUAUAUAUCUCGCCGAAGAUAACCCAGUUGCGGAAGAAGUAGAGGAAUUUGCGGGUCGCGGCGCACGUGAAAGGAAGGUCAUGAAAUAUGAUGAUGGACUUACCGAAGAGCAGUGGCUUAUGGCCGUGGAUGCGGACGAUGACACUAUCGAAGACGCAAUUGCAAGGAACGAAGCUAAACUCGAUCGAAGGCGGAGCAACAAGGAGAAACGGAUGAAGAAAGCUCAAGGCCUUGACUCAUCCCCCGAACCAUCAAGGGAGAACUCAGAAACCCCCCAGCAGCCACUGAAGAAGAGACGCAAGGGUCCUGUCCCCAAGCGAAAGGCGGAGGAAAACAUCGAUGAAACCCCCGUCAAACGAAAGAAGGGUCGAAUGAGCAAAGCCGCUAUGGCCGCUGCAGAUACCCUGGCGCCCUCCGAUCGAACUGUCCUCCAGAGAAUUCUCAACAAAGUCUACCAAGCCCUCAUGGAUCUGGAACAAGAGCUCCCUGCCGAUUCGUCAGAUAGUGAAGAUGGGCCCGUCACUCGGUCUAUUAUCGAGCCGUUCAUGAAGCCGCCACCCAAAAGCCAUUAUCCGGAUUACUAUGUGAUUAUCCAGACUCCAAUUGCGAUGGAGAUGAUUCGGAAGAAGAUUAAUCGGGAAGAGUAUCAGAGUUUGAAGGAGUUUAGAGAGGAUAUUAGGUUGCUUUGCAAUAAUGCCCGCACAUAUAAUGAGGAUGGGAGUGUGCUUUUUCAGGAUGCCAAUGAUAUUGAGGCCCUCUGUGUCUCCGAACUCAAACGCGAAACAGAAAAUCACCCUGAAUUCGCCGACUUUGAUGACCAGAGCUCCUCAGGCGCGGUAUCGAGUGUCGGUACCCCACUAGCUUCAGUUUCGGCAUUGGCAUCAGCGUCAGCGACCGCUUCAGUUUCGGGACAACAGCACCAUCAGAAACUCAAGUUGACGUUUGGCGGUGGAGGGUCGAAGGAUAGCACGGCGGCUCCGUUGACUAAUGGGUCGAGUAGUGGUGGUGUAAGUGAUAAUGAGUAA